AUGGCGACAGCAUUGAUGAACGGCAUGCACACCGCAGGCAUCUACUCGGACAUGACAGUUGAUGGUCCUGAGAUUGGCACCUUGGUGGCUAUUGUCGACCGUGCAAAGAAUCUGCCCAAUGUUAAGCGCAUGGGUAAGCAAAAUCCAUACUGCGCCGCCAGACUGGGCAAGGAAGCAAGAAAGACAGAGACGGAUAAGCGUGGAGGCCAGACUCCCAGAUGGGACCAGGAACUUCGAUUCACCGUUCACGACUCGCCCGACUACCACAAUCUCAAAGUGUCCAUCUUCAACGACGACAAGAAAACAGAUCUGAUUGGAGAGGCCUACAUUGGCCUGCAAGAUGUGUGUAUACCAGGAGGAGGCAAGGCUGACGGGUGGCAUGCUCUCAACUUCAAGGGUAAAUACGCAGGAGAGAUCAAUCUGGAGUUGACAUACUACGAUACGCGACCGCCAACCGAGACCAAGAGGAGGGUAAGCGACAUGAGCGCUGCCGACAUUGGACAACGAAAGGCCGCCAUCAAACGCCGUCCACUGCCCGCCGAGUUGAACGGACCCCCGGCACCAGGCUCAAUUGUACCCGACCAUGCUCGAGGCCCACGACAACUUCCUGGACGACCAACAGAGGACUGGACUCCGCAUGGCCUUCGACCACGUCCUCUGCACCACGCUCAAUCUGCGCCUGCCGUCCCCGAGGCCAAUUACUACGACGCUGAUGAGCUCGACCUGGACUAUCAUCCUGGCUACCACCAACCCGUCAUGCCCGAGCUCCCGCAGCUACCUCCCACUCGCAAGCAUCGCGGUUCUAUGCCCCCUCAGCCUACCAUGCCUCACGACUAUCCAGGCCAUGAACAUUACGGCCAUGGUCGUUCUCAGAGUAUCCCGACGCUACCUCACUCUUUCUCGUCUCCCAGUGUUGUGCAAUCCGACCAAGGUUGGCAAGAGCCUUUGCCCCGAUGCUUGCAACCCACCGUCGAGGAUAUUGACGAGUACCACUACGAAAGAGAGAUGCCAUUGCCUCCAGCCCCUCCGUCACAUACUAGGAGCCCUUCUCAUGCUAGAAGCCCUUCUCAUACUAGGAGUCCCUCACACACCCGGAAUGGCCGAUCGACUUCACGAGGCCCACCACCGAGAAGUAUGUCCGUAGACGACUAUGCCCCUCCACCAGCUCCCGGUGCAUACUACGGCUCGUCACCUAAUUUCAGAGCCUCGUAUUCUGGUUUCCCUCCCCCAGCUCCCUCCUCGGUAGCAGCCUCAUCACAUUAUCGCAGUCACUCGCGCGUGGCUAGUCGCCAAAGCGUACCUGAUGCAUAUGCCAUGACUCCUCCUAGGGUACACCCUCUGGCAAAUCAAAUUCGUCGGUCUGUGAGUCCUGCGCCUACAGCGUACACGGAAGACUACGGACAGUAUCGGCGCUACAGCAACGAGCCAAGUCCCAUCAUGGCACGCCCUGCAUCUCGUAAUGCUUCUCCUCUUCCUCCUCGCAAUGUCUCCCCACUACCACCACGCAAUAACAUCGAUGCCAUCCGUCAUCCUGUUCGCACUUUCGCCGCUGGCAGUGCUUCUCCCUCGCCUACUCGCAAGGAUGUCCCACGUCCUUCUACCUCCAAUGGCAACUUCUUCUCUCCUGAUGACUUCGACUCGUUGAACCCCAACGCUUCUUCGAACUCGCCCUUUGCCUCUGGAUCAAACCCUCACUCACCCUACCACAUCCAGAACUCCCCUGGCGGUGCCGAUGAAGAAGAAGGUGCUCGACCUCUGCCAGACCCCAAUGCUAAGAUUGUCGGCUUUGACGGUAGAGUAAUUGAUCCUAGCGAUCAUCUGCCUGUACACAGCUGGGCACCCGAACCAGAGAAGAAGACACCGACCAAGAUUUACGGGUCCAACGGGCAGAUGUAUCCGAAUGGUCUAGCAGGUCCUCGCGGUGCUGCAUCAACCAGAACUCCUUCACGUAUGAGCAUGGGUCGAGAUGUAGUCGUCAAUGUCCGCACAAGGGGCUCACCACCCAAGCGUCCCAUGUCGUCCGCAUCGCACCACAGUCAUAUGACAGGUUCACCUGGCCCGCUCUCAGAAAUUGACAGCCCUAACCUUUAUGCUGGACACGGAGGUUACGGUGGCAAUUUCUCAGACGGACGAUCAGAUAUUCACGAGGGCCAUCACUCUACAUAUUCGACUCCUCCACCCACAGGCCAACCACCUCACUACGGCGAUAUGUUCGGCAAGUACACUGCACCCAACGGUGGAGAUCAAUAUGGCUAUGAGAACCAGAUGGUCCAGCACCAAGCGCCGGUGUAUGAACAACACGGCUAUGGAGCAUCGGCACUGAGCAAGGAAAUGGCAAAGAUUGACAUUGGCGGUUCGAGAAGACCAACGAGCAGGGGCACGGUAAGACGUGCUUGGCCAUGA